AUGCACGAAGGGAAAUACAGCACAUCCCCUGAGUGGGCCGACAUUCAACCCAUUCCUCUCGACGAUGGAUCCAACGACGGCCAGGGCGCCAGUCCGCUGGCAGCCAUUGCCUACAAACCGGAGUAUUUGGAGGCAACUUCCUACUUGCGCGCCGUUAUGGCAGUCGAUGAGAUGUCGGAGAGGGCACUGCAGCUGACUGAGGAUGUGAUUAUGAUGAAUCCCGCGCAUUAUACUGUUUGGCUGUAUCGAGCAAAGAUCUUAUUUGCGCUGGAUAAAGAUUUGACGCAGGAAUUGGCGUGGCUGAAUAAAGUCUCCCUCAAAUAUCUCAAGAAUUACCAGAUCUGGCACCACCGCCAACAACUUCUUUCCUCAAAAUCACACUUCCAUUCUCUACCAGCAGGGGAACAAGACUUUCUAAUGCAAAUGUUUGACUCCGACUCUAAGAAUUACCACGUCUGGUCUUAUCGGCAAUGGCUCGUGAGGCAGUUCGAUCUGUGGGAUGAGCCGCGCGAAAUCGCCGAUGUGGAUGCGCUGAUUGAGAUGGAUGUGAGGAACAAUUCGGCGUGGAAUCAUCGUUAUCUCCUGCGGUUUGCGCCGAGAGAGGAGGCCGAGGCUGCGAUGGCUCCCGGGGGGAGUUAUACUCCUGCGGAAAAAGGGAGGUUGGAUGUUGUUGAUGAAGAUGUCGUUGAGGCUGAGUUGGACUAUGCGCAAAAGAAGAUUUUGUUGGCGCCGGAGAAUAGAAGUCCAUGGCUUUACGCACGGGGUGUGUUGAGGGCGGCGGGGAGGUCGUUGGCUGAAUGGAAGGGGUUUGCGAGUCGAUUUAUCACCGAGGAAGUUGGAGGUGAUGAAACGAUUGUGCACGUCAAGAGUAGUCUUGCGCUGGAAUGGCUGGCUGAUGUCUACAGUGAAGAGGCUGGUGAACUCGCGGAGGAUAAGAGACAAGAAAAAGUGGGCGAGGCAGUCAAGAUGUUGAACUUGUUGAAGGAGAAGUAUGAUCCUAUUCGGAGGAAUUAUUGGGAUUACAAGAUUGGGCAACUUUCUGUUGCUGCUUAG